UCCAAACAGCACACCUGCCGGCGGUCCCAGCGCAACCCGGCGGGAGGAGCGGACAUGAGGUUGGCAGGCCCCCUCCGCAUUGUGGCCCUAGUCAUCACUGUGGGUCUCACCUGGAUCAUAGUCAGCAUCCUCCUGGGUGGGCCUGGCAGUGGCUUUCCUCGCAUCCAGCAACUCUUCACCAGCCCAGAGAGCUCAGUGACUGCAGAACCACGGGCCAGGAAGUACAAGUGCGGUCUACCCCAGCCGUGUCCUGAGGAGCACCUGGCCUUCCGCAUGGUCAGCGGGGCUGCCAACGUCAUUGGGCCUAAGAUCUGCCUCGAGGACAAGAUGCUCAUGAGCAGUGUCAAGGACAAUGUGGGUCGUGGGCUGAACAUCGCCCUGGUGAAUGGGGUCAGCGGUGAGCUCAUUGAGGCCCGGGCCUUUGACAUGUGGGCCGGAGAUGUCAACGAUCUGUUGAAGUUUAUUCGGCCGCUGCACGAAGGCACUCUGGUGUUUGUGGCAUCCUACGACGACCCAGCCACCAAGAUGAAUGAAGAGACCAGAAAGCUUUUCGGCGAGCUGGGCAGCAGGAAUGCCAAGGAGCUGGCCUUCCGGGACAGCUGGGUGUUUGUGGGGGCCAAGGGCGUGCAGAACAAGAGCCCCUUUGAGCAGGCAAGGGGGCGAGUGCCCCAAGAGCACACAGUUGGUCAACAUGGCAUAAGGGGACUGAAAGCCUGGUCCCUGGCCUGCUUCUGUCUGCUGUCUCAGAGGACUGAGGCCAUGACUUCCUGCUCCCCUGGCCCGCAGCAUGUGAAGAACAGUAAACACACCAACAAGUAUGAAGGCUGGCCCGAGGCACUGGUGAUGGAAGGCUGCAUCCCACGGAGGAGCACAGCCAGCUAGCACAGCUGGGUGCCAGGACCAGGCCGAGGGAGGCCCAGGCCGAGGGAGGCGUAUGCACUGCCCAGCAGGCCACAGGUGACAGCACCAGCGCAGGGCUGAGGCUCACACCCCAUGCCCGGGCAGGAGCGCUCCCUUGCCCCAACAUAUAAGGGCUCCGAGGUGGUGACCAGAAUGUGGCCUCAAGGUGGUGGGGGCUGUAGGGGCCAGCCCUGUCAGACUUUGUCACAUGACCCCAGGUGCCCAUCUCUUUCUUUUCCUAAAGCUGCUCCCCCUGGUCAGUCCCCACCCAGCCCUUUUCUCCUCUUGUCCCUCAUGCCAUCUUCCCGAUUCCCAAGUGCCCUAGCUGGAAGGGCCCUGGGUGCUCACCCUCUCUCUGUACAAGUCGGGUAGCAGCCACCUGACAGGUUGGGCCAUCUUCCAGAACCUCUCCCAGAGCCACUCACUGCACUGCAGGCUAAACCUAUUUUCGGUGUGAUUCCUUCUGGUAAGCCAAACCUACUGGCCACUCCAUGAACCUGCCUGCCUCCUGCCUGGCACUCAGCAGGAAGGGCCUCCUUUGGAGCAGGCUAGCCUGGGGUGGUGGAGUAGCCGGAGCCUGAUCACAGUCCCUAACGCAGCAUGUGGCGGCUCCUGCAGUUUGUCAGAGGGCCCACCUUCUAGAUGACCUUUUAAUAAAUCAAUGGCCCCCAAUGGA